AUGGCACUCAGGGCAAAGGCAGAUGUGUGGCUGGCAAGACCCUGGCAGUGCCUGCCCAGGACGAGGGCACUGGGCACCACAGCAGCACUGGCCCCCAACACACUGCGGCCCUUUGAAGCCAUACCGCAGUACUCCAGAAACAGGUGGCUGAAGAUGCUACAGAUCCUGAGGGAGGAGGGCCAAGAGGGCCUGCACCUGGAGAUGCAUGAGGCCUUCCGGGAGCUGGGGCCCAUUUUCAGGUACAGCAUGGGAAGAACACAGGUUGUGUCUGUGAUGUUGCCAGAGGAUGCCGAGAAGCUGCACCAGGUGGAGAGUAUGCACCCUCGUCGGAUGCACCUGGAACCUUGGGUAGCCCACAGAGAACACCGUGGCCUGAGUCGUGGAGUGUUCUUGCUAAAUGGGCCUGAAUGGCGCUUCAACCGACUGAGGAUCAACCCACACGUGCUGUCCCCAAAGGCCGUUCAGAAGUUUGUCCCCAUGGUGGACAUGGUAGCACGGGACUUCUUGGAGUCCCUGAAGAAGAAGGUGUUUCAGAAUGCUCGUGGGAGCCUCACCAUGGAUGUGCAGCAAAGCCUUUUUAACUACAGUAUAGAAGCCAGCAACUUUGUUCUUUUUGGGGAGCGGCUGGGACUCCUUGGCCAUGACCUGAGCCCUGCCAGCCUGACGUUCAUCCAUGCCUUGCAUUCCGUGUUCAAGACGACCCCACAGCUCAUGUUCUUGCCCAGGAGCCUGACUCGCUGGACAAGCACCCGGGUGUGGAAAGAGCAUUUUGAGGCCUGGGAUGUCAUCUCUGAGUAUGUCAACAGAUGUAUCCGGAAGGUGCACCAGGAGCUCAGACUUGGCAGCCCUCACACCUACAGUGGCAUCGUGGCAGAACUAAUGUCCCAGGGAGCUUUGCCUCUCGACGCCAUCAGAGCCAACUCAAUUGAGCUCACCGCUGGGAGUGUAGACACGACAACCUUCCCCCUGGUCAUGACUCUCUUUGAGCUGGCUCGGAACCCAGAUGUUCAGCAGGCUGUGCGGCAGGAGAGCCUGGCAGCUGAGGCCAGCGUGGCUGCAAAUCCCCAGAGGGCUAUGUCGGAUCUGCCCCUGCUGCGGGCUGUCCUUAAAGAGACCUUGAGGCUCUAUCCUGUUGGUGGCUUUUUGGAGAGAAUUCUAAGCUCGGACUUGGUGCUUCAGAACUACCACGUCCCUGCUGGGGUGCUGAAAUCCUUCAGGGUGGAGACGCAGGAGCGAGAGGAUGUGCGGAUGGUGUACCGCUUUGUUCUGGCGCCCAGCUCCAGCCCCCUGCUCACUUUCCGGCCUGUCAGCUAGUCAGUCAGCUUUGCAGCUGGGGUCCCAGUCAGGCCAGCAGCUCCCUCCUGUCCUGACACCCAAGGGCGCACUUCUUUGCCAGCAGGAUGUUGUUUUGGGCCCACACUGUCAUCCAUCAGCACUUGUAGAGGAUUCACAGCUAAAGACCUCCAGGGUCAGGAGUUGCAAGGCCAGGGAAGGGACUGGGAUGAUCUUGCAGGUCACGAGCAGUCCCUGCCGGGUGAUUUCACCCAUCCUUUCCAACAGUCACUCCAGCCACCUGUGGCCUUCCAAAGGCCUCAGAAUAAAGCCAGAAGACAAUG